GGUAUUUCAGUAUCAAUGAUUACAUCUGAAUACAUAUCUGAAGAUUGCCAAGCUAUUCAAUCUAGUGCCUCACCAAAAGUUUCUUCUACAAAACUUGAGGAAAUUGAUAUAAAUAACACAAUAGUUAAAAGACGGAAUUUAGAAAUGAAUGGUUCUUUAAGAGAAAUUGUAACACCUUUUUCAUGGAUGGAAUCAGUCAAUAACAUGCAGAAAGCAUUGGGACAAGUUUUUAAAUAUUUGAAUAUGGAGGACCUUAUAUCAGCUUCUAGAGUAUGUACCGCCUGGAAUCUAACUGCAUUGGAUAAAAAUUUAGUAAGUAUAACCUUAAAAUGUCGUAUAAUGUAUUUUUGCUUAUUUAUUAAAUAUUUUUAGUGGCAGAAUGUUUGUUUAAAAAAUUCUACGGUCUAUGACUGGGAAAGGUUUGUAGACUCAAUUGAUCGACAAAGAACUGACAAAUUAGAUACUAGCUGUAUGUUGCUACCCUCUAAUGAUAAAGACUUAAAAAGUUUUUGGUUGCGAUUUGCAAAUGCAAUGAGAACAGCACAAAAGUUAAAAUUCAUUGAGUUGUAUAGAUGUCCUGGCUUUGUAGUUGAAGAUAUUAUUUACUCAUUACCUCAAAUUGAAGUACUUAAAGCUACUUCAAUAAAAAAUCCAAAUUUGACGAUUGAUCUCAAUGUUUUAAUGUACCUAAACUUAAAUUAUUUGGGACAAAUGACAAAGCUCACAGAGUUAAGCCUCAAAGGUUUAACUGGAAUAAAAUUAACGGCAUUGCCAUCAUUUGAAAAUUUAAUACAUUUGAAUAGAUUUUCAUUAACCUCUAUUAAAGAAUUUCCAAAAGAGAUCUAUCAGAGUUUGAAUACUAUUACUGAUAAUAUUGAGUUUUUUGAAAUUGGUGAUUGUGAAUGCUUAACAAAGGAUUUUGCCAUGUCACUAAAAAGAUUUGUUAAUUUGAAAACAUUGAGAUUAGAAAAUUGCUGUAAUGGAUGGGAUCAAUCUGCACACAAUGUUUUUACUAUCAUUAGAGGUCUUGAAAAGCUCAAUGUUCUGGAAUUGGUAAACAUAGAAUUCAGUAAUUGUGUCGAAGAUGAAUUGGAAAAAUGUGAUGGUAUUAAAGCUUUACUUAUUAUUCCUGUUUAUGGGAUCUAAGUAUGUAAACUUCUUAUGUAUUAUAUUAUUUUGCAACAUCUAUUUGUUAAUAUUGAUCAAUUUUUUUUUUUUAGUCCGAAAAAAUAAACUGUCGUCUGAUUGACUGUCUCAAGAAACUCUCCAAGACAUUAACACACUUGGUUUGGGGAUUGACUUAUGAGUUACUCCGUGUUACAGACAUGUUUAUAGUACAAUUUGAAUGGAACCCGCAUGCUAAUAGUUGUAAUUGUUUAGAAUUAUCCGAUACCAAAAAAAAGACCAAUAAUAUACCUAUACUCAGAACAAGAAAGCCCCGACAGCGACCAGGAGAUGAGGCUACUCCUG